AUGCUCAAAACAGUAACAAUUGACUUUUUGUCAACUUUGACAGAUAUUUCUGAUAUCCAAGAGGCUGACUUUAAGAACCUUAUGGAGGCAGCCAAAGAACAAGCCAAAGUUAUGCUUGAAAAGUUUGAAGUAAAAUGCAAGAAAAAUAAGGUGGGUGUCGAGUGUUGAUGAUGGUGCUCUUUCCAGUUCUUGUACUUAAUUAAUACUAGAUACAUGGACAUUACAGCCACGAGGUUAAAGGUUAAAUGGCCGUUACAACAGGCCAGGGUAAGGCUAUCAAAGACUACAAAUAUCAAUCCUGUACAACUGUGCGCCUUUAUGUCGAGAAAAAACGUUCACUCUCGGAAUUCUUCACAGCGUAUCAACACCGAUAAAUGCCAGGGUAAUCAACUUAUGAACAGAAUUGACACGUCCCAGUGUAGAACGAGCAUUUAAAUUUUCAGUUAAAUAUCAAUCCUGCUAUAAACCCCUACACUAAUCGUUUGAAACCAAGAUGGCCUCCCGUAACGGUACUUGCUCGAUCUCGAUGAUCCUACGGAAAAAUAGGGGACUGUGAACAGUUUACUCCUUCCCUUUCGCGUCUUCUCUCGCGCGCGUUUACUUCGUUCGCGCGUGCAGGCGUAACAUGCUUGCCCACGCAAUAAUCUGAGCGGCAGCUAGCAGCCUAGGACUAAAGUCAUAAUCGGAAGUUCCCAUUUUCAUUUCAGAUACCUGUUAAAACCAGGAUUGAGCUCGGCUCACCAGGGGAGGUCAUUUGCAAGGUCGCCAAGGAAGAAAACGUCACGUGUAUCUUACUAGGCAAUCGUGGACUCGGUGCCUUCAGAAGAACCAUAUUAGGAAGUGUUAGCGAUCACGUGGUUCACCAUUCACGAUGUCCGGUUAUAAUUGUACCACCGCGAAGUGAACACAAAUCUUGAAGGCCAAACUAGUCAAACUGGCUUGUAUUUCUUAGUAUAUGGGUUUUUGUAAGAAUUAUAUACUUAGUCUAAAUGGCGUUUUAGCUUUUCAAGGCCUUUUAUAUUGUAUGGGGCGAAUCAUGCGUCUUAACUCGCCGUUACAUAGUGUCGGCUGACACAUCUUCGGCCUAAGGCUGAAAUCCAGCGAGGCGUGCGGAAACUCUGCAUGAAAAGUUCCUAGGCCCGAAGUAAUACGAGAGGUUGAUUAUAACUGUAACAACAAUGUAUUUUAUUCAAGGUCCAUAAAGCUUACAACACUUAAUGCCCUGCAAAUAGCUAUAGCGCUAAUCUAGGCAGGACAAAAAUUGUAAGUAAAAGCGUUAUUAAAUUACAUAUUUAAAAAAAAGGAAAAGAAAAGAAAUACAACAACACAUAGAAUGCAAAAUGUGACGGGUAAAACUACAACUAAAAAAAAAUAGUCAAAAAAUAGUCAGUGAUAUAUAUAUUUUUUUCACGUCUAUUUGUGGUUACCCUGCUACGCUACCAAUGCCUGGAGAAACCACUGCUCGCAGGGUAGUUUGUGGUAGACUUUUGUGAAACAUAGAAGGGAUCAAUUUUGUCAGGAUUUUGACGAAAUUUGACAGCCUCCUUUUGCAGUAGCCUAUUCCAGGCGUUCGGAUUGUGGGGUGAAACGCGAAGUGAGAGAGCGGGGAAAUUAUGAGGAAAAGAGGGAGAGGGAGAGCUUUUUUAAAACCCCGCUCUCAUCUGCCUGCGCCGUCCCCACAAUCUGAAAACCUAAAACAGGCUACCCUCAGACACACGUACCAGAGAAGUACCAGAGGGGCUUGAGUAAUCUCGUACCCAGAUCUCCCACGACCAAAAAACAGAGUGAUAUCUGGGUACGAGAUUAGGGCUUGAGCAGAUAAACAGUGCAUGAUAAUUUGCCUCUGGAAAAAUCUUUCAUUGUAACAGCACAGCAGGGGUAUUCAAUAGUGACACUAAUUUCAGCACUGAAGCACACUAACCAGAGACUCGGCGGUAUGGCAAGUACCUUACGCAUGCGCAAAGUUAUAUCACCCGAGCAGAACCGAGCAGUGGCAGCAAUUGACUCAAGAGUAGUCUGAAAUGUCAGCCGUCUCCAGGUCUCCUCUCCUAACCCGAAGGGAGGGGGGUUGGAAGACAGAGACAAUGUGUGUUAGGUGGGAGGGAUGACAGGGCAGUCUGGUCCACAUAUUUUGUUACAACAGGACUAUUGCACAAUGACGUCAUUUUAGUACAACUACCAGAAUCCUUCAGUUUGCUGUUUUCUUGUGCAAAGUAGAACUAUUGUUUUUUAAACCGCAGAGGGAUUGACAAAUUUAAAUAAGAAAGCAAAAGCGAAAUGAAUUCUGGUAGUUGCAGUCAAAUGUCAUCAUCGUGAAAAUGGACAAUUGGUGAGGAAGAAUGUCAUUCGUAAAACCCAACAUUUGUCAUGUUGGGCUUUGCCCCUUUUGUCAACUGUCAUAUCUCUUUUAUUACAAGAUUUUCAUCAAUUGCCGCCACAACAAGAUUCAUUAGAUUCUUAACACGUGCAACCAUAAUAGCCCACUUUCGAGAUACAUAUUAUAUAUAUAUUAAGAUUUCAAGAACAUGUCUCCGAGGCUUUAGGGACAAAAAUUUUUCACGAGUCCAUUGUCUCGCAAUUCCCAGAAGAGACGUGAGCACAAAGAAAACCAAACCAAUCAUGGAAAUAUGACCAGAAAGCAUCGCAUUCAUGUUAGCAUUUUAAUAUAUCGAACGUGGGCUAUUAGAAAUUAAUUUAUUAAUUUAUUCUUGCUGUGGAUGUGGACUUUGCAAAUUAUAAAACGUAGCCACCAGCAAAUCUAUUAGCUCUGAAAAGAAACGAUAUCAGAAUGCCAAGACAAAAUUCAAAUGUUUGAAAUUUUACGAUUGCCAAAGCAUUUGCUGUGACUCCCCUUUAACUAAAAAUUCGAAAACAAAAAAAUGAUUAUCAUAAUUUUUAUGCCGGAUGAAAAGUUUUCCAUUUUCACUGAAUUUUCCGUGCGAUUCACCGUGACUGAAAUACAAGUAUCUCCAUUUUUCUUUUAAUUAUUUAUUUCGUAGAAGGCCUCUGUUUGGGUUGCUAAUCGUAUUCAAACGGAAAUCAUUAUCAAGGGAAAAAAGUAAAUAAGACGAGGUAUUUGUCUCCGGUGCGUUUGAUACUAUCGAAACUGAAAUUUUGCAUGUAGACUGGCGCGUCCAUCAGAUCAAGAUGCCUUCGACUAAUGGUACAAGAACUAUACUGAUAGCAGUCGAUGGGAGCGAAUACAGCGAAAAAGCGUUUGAAUGUAAGUUAUACAAAAAUCGCUAUAAACGCUAUGCAUUUACUAGAAAUAUUGAUAGAUUUAAAGGCCCGUCAGGCCUUUUCGCGAUUCAAAAUGGCUAUAUUUUAUUUUAUUUGUAUUUAUUUAUUUUUUGCUUUGGGCUAAACUCUCUUUUUUUGCUGUUGUUGUUGUUUUUUAGCAAAGAUACAAAAAGGUAAAUUCAUAUUGACACUAGUUAACCGGAAGAAUUCUUGAAAAACAACAGAAAUGAAACUGAAUAUAAACCUGACAAGCCAUGUGUAUCGCGGAAAAAAUGCCAAAAAGCCCGCAUUUUCACUUUUCAUCUGUACGUGGUUUCAAUUGAGCGCCCGGUCUUGCCCAAAUAUUCCGGUAUUUUUUCCAUAAAAAAGAAAACUGCUUUUAAGAAACAAAUAAAAACGUGCCAUAGUUCAUGGGCUACAAAUAUUACCAGACCACAAAGGAUCAAAACAUAUUAAUGAGUACGUGGAUAAUUUCCUACACUAGUCAAGCCCUAAUAGCGGGUUAAUUACACCAUUGCUGAAUGUCUAUGUUGUGAGAAAAUAAUCCACAAAUCCUAGGUGCUCUAGUAAGAAGCCGAAAGUAUGUCCCACAAUGACAUUAACAUUUUCUAUACAUGAAAUGAGAGAAUCAGUUUGCUUCGCUACACCCAUGCACUUAUAUUAACGCUCGCCUAGGGUGCAGCCUGUAGCUCUGUUAGACCAAGGUUUUACCGUAAUCCGCAGAGUUUUGCUGGAGAAAACUAUAAUUCACCAUGAUGUCAUCAGUCGUAAGCGUUUAGGUCUGUGAAAGAAAGCAAAAACUGUGUUCAUUCAGUGAAAGAGAUCGGAAGAAAACGAAGAUUGUAUUUGUUGUAGUCAUAACUUUUAUUGCCCUUUAAUUCACGGUAAAAGUGUUGUGGUAUUGUUUCAUUAUCGCCACAUUUAUGAAAAUAAAAUAAAAUAAAAUAGUAUAAUUUUGUAUGGGCAUUAACAAAUAGACCUCCUUCUACUUGCGACGUUACUUGAGGCAUGUCGAGGGCGUACAAACAGAAUUUUGUCAGUGAACUCAUUUGAAAAGUACUCUCUCCAAUUCCCCUUGCUGCAAGGGCACAAACAUAAAUAUUUAACACUGUUUUCGGCAGUAGAAUUAGUUUUCCCAUUUUUAAUUUUCAUUUGCAGACAUAACCAUGAUUGCAUUUCAUAUUUUCAUAUCACCAUAAUUGUUUUUCAUGACAACACUGCGCGUCACCUGCACUGAGAAAGCGGCGAAAGCAGGUGAAAUCGUCGGCGGGUAGUCGUCCAUCUCCGAAACUUUCCGACGGAUUGCAUAAAGAAUGUUCUUAGACUUUUUAUUUGUUGAGAAGUGAGAGAUCCCUAGUAAGUGCUCGUUAACGAAUCGAUCAUUUUUCGGUUAUUUUCCGUCUGAUCUUCGAGAUGGUUACGGGCAGCCAUCUUGGUUGCAAAUGGAUGUGCGGAGUUUAACCAAGAGAAUAGUAUCAAAUCUACCAAGGGGGUGGCGGUGGGUGGGAGUGAAAAAUCAGUUUUUCUUGCCUUCUUCCUUCUUCUGUUUAACCCCCUCUCCCCGUCCGCCUCGACUCUCGACGAUCUUAAGGGAAAAUAGGGGACUGUAAACAUUUUAUUGAGAUCUCCGAGUUCAGGGGCAUGGAUAGGAUAGAAGGUCUUACCAAAAAAUCGUUGCGCAGUAGUAAACUUUUAUACAAAUGAAGAUGAAUUGCCUCCACAAAACUCGUACAUCAUUCUUUAAUUGCCAUUUUUUCGGUGACUUUAAGUAUGACUAUGAUAACAACUAUGCGAAUAAUAUUACAAUUAUGAUUAUGAUUCCAAUUUUUUUUCCCAACAUUCCAUUUACAAACUUUGCUAAUGCAUUGCAAAGGGUGCAGACUAUUAAAGGUUUUAUUCCGUGUCAGAGAGAGCCUUUCAGGACUUCGGCGUCAUUUAGUUUACAAUAUAAAAAAACACGGAACGAUGGGUGUGCUAUAUGUUUUCUCGAUAACUUACAGGGUAUGCAGAUAGAUUCCGACAGGCUGAGGAUCAAGUUGUGUUUGUACAUGUGUACGAAGCAGCCAUUACUCCACCUCCGACGUUUGCACGUAAGAGACAAGAACAAUAAAAAUAGAAUCUAUCUAUCUAGUGUCUCCCACUAGCAACUAGUUAAGGUAAACAAGAAUGCAUAAGAAGUGAAACGGCGAGUAAAUAAAAGGCAAGAGGGGAAAGUCCUCUUAUCUUUUUCCUUCCCAUUAAUUUCCCACUCGUUUUCCCAGUGAUUUUGUGCCCUCAAGAAAAAUCAUUAAUUGUGUGAAGGAUCACAAAGCGAGCCAUUUAAGAGACUGUAGGCCGUGAUUUCAGGAAAGUCUGAGUUAAAACAUAAAUGUAGUGUUAUUAUCACUGAGGUAUAAAUUACAAAAUGUAACUUUUUUGGACUAGAAAUGGUUGUCCAUUAAAAUUCCUUUUUUGUGGGGAAAGCUGCGAAAUCUUGCCAUAACAUUUAAAAGAGUCGUUUUUAUGUACUGUAAAAUCACUAUUUUUCCUUAAGACACUACGAGCCUUCCGUCGAGAGAGGAAUGGGAAUUGAUGCACUUGAAAGCUGAGAGAAAAGCGAAAGAGAUGUUGGCAAAGUACGAGAAGAAAUGUAUCGCAAAGAAGGUUUGUGUCAAGUAGAGUAGAUCGUAGUAGUAUCGUGAACAUGUUAUAACGGUCUUUGAUUAUUCUUCAUAGUUUAAAGGUGAUAUAGCAAAGUUAUUUUAGGCAGUUUCAUCACAUGCUGAAAUAUCAAAAUAACGUUUUCAAACGUGGAAGGGCGGGAGGGGAAGAACGGCUCCCAGCCAGUUUCCUGACUUGCUCCCGGUUGUCCCUAUUUGGAUCUCGCGGAAAGACGGAAUGCGAGAAGCGUGACCAAAGGGACCGCGAGAUGUGAUGGGAAGGAGGAAAACGAAAAGUUCUUCCUCCUUCCCAUCACUCCCCGCGCUCCCCUUGACCGUGUUUCUCUCUGGGAGCCUGAGAAACGACCAGGGACGAGUCAGCCUACUGCCCACACUCUCUUAUAUUCGCAGAUCACUUACUUCGUUGUUAAUUUCUCUAGCAGCCAUUUUGAAUAUUUUAAAAGCCCGGAACUGAGAAUUUGGGUUAGUGUAAAAUCAAAGGCGACCGGAAGUUGAUUCGAUAAUGUCGCACUAACUACUUGCAGAUUUUCAGCCCGUUCGAAAUUAAAGGAGAUGCGCCGGAGCCGAUCGCGCGAUUUGGUGCGCAAAGAAAGGUGGAUGAACACGGAUCUUCUUUGUAUCAAUUAAGUCAAAGCAUGUACAAAAGCGAACCCGUUAACUGACAAAGCUUUUCUUUAUUUUAGCUGCCCUACAAGACUAUUUACGCUCAUGGGCCAAUUGGUGAUGUGAUUUGCGCAGCAGGAAACAAAGUCAACGCCGAGUACAUCGUCUUAGGAAACAGAGGACUGGGGACCAUCAGACGAACCAUUCUUGGCAGUGUGUGCGAUUACGUCACAAAGCACAUGAAUGUACCAGUUUUGAUGGUUCCAACGACAGCGGAGAAUAACAAUUCAAGAUAAAGUUACCUCUUAAAAGUAGCUUCUCUGUGGGUUGGAUCUCAAGGGAAAUAGCUCAACUAAAGGAUAAACUUUUUUUUGAUUUUUGUUUUGUCUCGUCCCACGGGAGGGUGUAGGGAAGACCCUGGGGACGAGGUUGCCUCGUUUCCAGGGCAUUUAAAAAUGAGAAGGGCCUGGGUUAGGGGUGGCACGAUAGGAUUUCUGAUAAGUUUCAACAACAUGAAAGUCAUGUAGCAGCUGCUCGGAAGAGAAGUCACCAGUGGAGCCUAACCCUGACCCCUGACAGUACUGAAACAAUUGAAAGAAUGACAUGUCAUUGCUUUCUGGUACCAGUUGGGAGAGACCUUACAAGCAGCUCCUACACAGCUGACAUGAAAUGGCUUCAGGCAUAUUUUCCUUUAUGAAUUUCUUUUGAAUCGGAAUUAUCUUAUCAAUUUUCUGGUGCAAUCGCCGGGUUUAAUCAUCACAUGCAAUCAACUCUCUUUGAGGAGGAAAAUUUCGGGUCUGGUGUCGCAGUGAUAUGGGCAACCCCGCGAUUUCGGCGUCCCCAUUCCCAAAACCCUGGUGAUAUGGGCAUCCCCUUCUCAUAUUAGCUUAACGAUUUGGCCUAGGGUGAGGGUUACAGGAGAUGCCCUUAUCACUAGGGUUUGGCGAAUGGGGAUGCCCAUAUCACUGUGACACCGGUACUAAGUGUUCAUUUAGCCUGCGUGGCGGGCCCAAAAAGAGGAGGGAGUGGGGGGAGUAGGAAGAAGAAAAGCGCCCCUUCCCCUACCCCUUUCGACACCUGCUUCGCAGUCUGGUCUUCACAUGCAGUGGAAACUCGAUAUGAAGAGGGCUCAGCGACUGGCAAAAUUUGUCCGCAAUAACGAGGUUUCUUUUCAACGAAGUUCUCUUUCGUACAUUUUCAUACUAUUACUGGGGCAAAGAAAAUUGUUCCUGAUACCGAGGACUUGGUUAUAUAGAGGUUCGUUGCAGUAUCGAGGUUCCACUGUACGGAAGUGUCUGGCAGAGACCAACCGUAGGAGUCAGAUUUAUAGAUGUGUCCGUUAGAGAGUUGAUUAUAUCUUAAAGACUUUUUAUAAUGUGGUCUCAGUGCAAAGAUGAUCGGAUUGGUCAGAUGGAUGCCAAUACUGUUGUCUCC